AUGUUGAGGGAUGCAAAAGCAUCAUUGGAUUCUGAGGAUUACAUCAAAGCUGGAAAACUUAUUGACUCAGCGCUAAGAGAAAAUUCGACGUCACUAAUGGCCCUUACACUAAAAACGGAAAUCAACUUGAGAACUAAGAAAUAUGAUGAAGCAAUUGAUUGCAGUAGGAGAGCACUAAAUGAGGCCGAACUUUUGUGCAAAAGGGAAAGUAUAGCAAGGGCUCGCUACCAGCUAUCGAUGGCUUACUUUAAAACCCAUAAAUAUGCAGAGUCUUUUGAUCAGAUUAUGUUGGCUAGUAAGUACGCAGAAAAGGACAAUGAGAUUAUGAUAUUCAAAGAGAUGGUGACCAAGAAGUACCAAACAGAGGCUGACUUAACUGAGGAACAGAUUAAACAGGAAGAGGCGAAAUAUGAUCAUAGCAAGCAGAAAUCGCAAGUUUCUACACCAACGGUUAAAUCUCAAAUGAGAACUGAUUGGUAUGAUGGUGAUUCAGUAGUUGACAUCUCUAUUUUUGUUAAAAGCAUUGAUAAGAAAUCAGUAGCUGCAGACUUUGAACCGAAUUCUUUUAAAGUCGAAUUCAUGGAUACCAAAGGAGAGAAGUAUAAUUACGCCAUUCCAAAGUUAUACAAUGAGAUUGUGCCAGAUGAGUGCGAGUAUGCAGUUUUUAGUACAAAGCUAGAAAUCACACUGGCUAAGUCCAAGAAACUAAAGUGGACCAACCUCAAAUAUGAUGAAUCUAAGGAUAAGCGGGCACAGGAGGUUGAGCCCACCAUGCAAUCGUAUGAUAAUUCAGAAGCCGUGACAUCGUAUCCAUCGUCUUCAAACAAGAAGGUGGAUUGGUCAAAAUAUGAAGGUAGCGAUGAGGAUGAAGCCAAUGAAGAGGCUGGAGAUGAUGCGGCAUUGAACUUUUUCCAAAAGCUUUAUUCAGAUGCUGAUCCUGAUACUAAACGAGCAAUGAUGAAAAGCUACGUGGAAAGUAAUGGUACUUCACUUAGCACUGAUUGGUCAGAGGUUGCAAAAAAAGAAGUAGAAACGCAGGCUCCCGAAGGAACGGUUCCUAAACAGUGGAGCAAAUAA